AAACGCCAUUUAUAGGUCAGUAGUAAACAAAUUAACGUUAUCUUUGAUAGCUGAUAAUCGUCUUCUUACACCUAAAUAUGGCAAAAACAAAGACCAUGAAGCGGAAAGAAGAGUCCGAGAAUGAUAAAAGUGUGCUAUGUCGUGUUUGUGGGAACAAAAAGGCAGCUUACGUUCGACUGCACUGUAGAAGAAUGCAUGCCCUUCAGAAAUCUGUCGAAGUAAAUAGGAAACAGAAGAGUGUUAAAGAAACAGUAAGUGAAACUGGGGAUAAGACACCCCUAGAAACCGUUGUUGUCUUAGAAACAUCCAAAGAGACUGAUAGUGGAGAAGAGAGUGAGUGGGAUAUAGAUUCAGAUAUACAUAUUGAAGAACAGACAGAUGAUGAAGAGUUGCAUCAUAGUGGAAAUAAUGAAGAUUCAGAUGAGAACAAUAAUACAUUGGAUGAUAAAUGUAGUAAUCCACAAAACGAUGAAAAUCAUGACAAAACUAAUGAUGACAGAGAAAACAAGGAAUCUGAAUCAGACGACCUUGACAAUAGUGAUAACACAAAUAACACUGAUAAGAGGAAUGUAAAUGACAUGAGAACAGGGCGUAUGUUCAGGAAACCUACAAAUCCAAUGUUAUGUGCGCCAAAAGGAAAAGACCCUGUAAAGAAAACGCAUCUUGAUAGUAAAAUUACGAACAAGAUAGAUCAGGACGAAGCUAAAGAAGAGCAGGUAGACGAUGAGACAAGUCAGGAUGAUACAGAAACAAAGACAUUUCAGAUAGGCAUUCAUUUUGACAAUGAGACUUUUAAUAGAUCUCUGGAAAUAGUUAACGAUGGAAAUACCGUUAUCUCAUCAAAAUCUGUUGUGAAAGAAGGUUUAAGCAUUGGUAAUAUGACAAUUCAGUUGAAAGAAUUUAUGACACCAGAUACUAUGAAUAGAGCAGAGGAUAUUGAGUACGUAAUAGAAGGAAAAGAGCUGAAGUUAAACAUUUCAUAAAAAUAAAUGUAGAGAACAUAUGAUGAUAUGAAAUGCUCCAGCAUAACACUAUAAAACAUUAUAUAAAUAAAACAAUAUUUGAUAUAUCCAAGUUGUGUAUAGGUAAUACAUCAAGAAAAGUAUCUUGAACAAAAUUUUGCAUAUAUAACGUAUUGUGAUAUACUUACAGAGAAGUAAAGUAGUUGUUUUUCUUUUUUUAUUGAUUAUUUUAUGAUAGAACAUGCGAGACGCAUGUAAACAGAGGCGUGGGUAGUGUAACGGUAGAAUCAGAAUAGUGUGAGUUACUCCCCUUUGUUUUACAAACGCCAUUUAUACGUCAGUAGUAAACAAAUUAACGUUAUCUUUGAUAGCUGAUAAUCGUCUUCUUACACCUAAAGUAUGUAUGCCAUUUAUCUAA